AACGAAAGCGAAACCCUUGUCGCUCGCUCUCACCUCCUCUUUUCCGCAAAGCGCUUCACAAGCCAAAGAAAAAAAAAGUCAAUAUCAGUGGUGGAUGAUGGCGAAGAGAAUCGGUGGAACCGGGAAAAAUAGGGGGGAAGACUCAACCAUCUUGGGGAGGAUCUCCAACUCCGAGAUCGUAUCUCACGGAAGACGCGCCGCCGGAGAAGCCGUCGGAGUGUCGAAGAAAUUGCUGUGGAGCACCGGAAAAGCGGCGUGGAUCGCUGGUACGACGUUUCUCAUCCUCGUUGUUCCGUUGAUCAUCGAGAUGGAUCGUGAAGCGCAGCUCAACGAAAUAGAUCUUCAACAGGCUAGUCUCCUCGGAGCUCCGGCGCAGCCUAUGCAAAGGGGUUUCUAGUUAAACCCUAUGAACUGAGGGUUCUUGCUGUUUUGUCUGUUUUUUUUUUCUUUUACUAGUUUUUUUUUUUUU